AUGCUUUGCGACUCAGGUUCCGCCGGCGUCGCUCCCAACAUCCUCGGCCCACUCCUGCGCAAACCAGUCCACUCCUGCGCCCCACCGCCCUGCUUCUGCCUCCCCUGUCAAACCGAUCUGUCACUGCCUGCAGGACCCAGCCCUUCCUCGCCUACUGCCAGGCCCCAGGCCCGCGGCCACACUGAGAAGAUGGGCAGCCGGCCCCGCAGCCCCAGCGCCUCCCCUGCGGACCGGUGGGGACCGCAUCCCGGAGGACCGGGCCCUGCCAAGCGCCGGCGAACGGAGGAGCCCGCGGGCCCCGAGUCCAAGUCCAGGGCGGCAUCCAGCCUGGACAACCUGACCUGGCCCCCGACCGUGGACACUCUCAUCUUCGUGGUGGUCCUGCCCGCCGGCUGUGCCCUGCACGUGCCCCUGGACGACGUCGACCUGCUGCUGGAGUCCGAGCCAACGUCCGUGCUGCAAGUGUCUCUCGGAGAUCACAUCCUCAUGCUGGUCCCUGAGGCCCUCCUGGGCCCGGCUGUCCCAGAGAUCGCCUGCCAAGAAGAGGUCAACGAGGAGGACGCGGAUGCUGACGCUGACUUCCUGCCGGCUGGGACAGAUGCUGCUGCAGUCUCAGUCGCUGGGCUCCUCCCCUCGGCUGGAUGUAUGUCUGGCUUCCACCUGUUGGGCCAAGCCUCAGAGCCGUCCCCUCGGACCCCCAACACUAGUCCAGAGAGACGCUCUCCUCACCACGACGACAACCUGGACUUGUACCUUCUAGAGCCCUUCCCCGACUCACCACUCCAACCUCUACCUCCCUCUCCAAGUCCAGGUCCUCACCAGCGUCCCCAGCGCCCUCAUGGUCCUCCACGCAAGAUCCGGAAAUGCCUGUUCCCUUAA